AACGACAAACCAACAAUGAGCGACAGCGUUGAUGCACUGGCUCGUGUGAACGAAUGGCUUUUUGGAGACAACUAUACAAAAACUCAAACUACUUCAACACCAGAUUUUCCUACUCCCCCUCCGUCUAGCUAUGCCAUGGCCAACGGUUCGCCACCAAAAAGACAGCGAACAGCGCCCGAUGAUGACGAUAUAAACCGUACACCGACCCCUAAUAACAGCUACGUCUAUCGAAUCCCAAAGCCUCCUGUACUACAGCAACCCAACUAUCCCCCUUCAGAAUCGUCCAGGGCUUCAUCAACAACUUCCAAUCGAUCCAGCAGUCCUACCAAGACGGCCAAGAAGUUCCAUCUCGAAUCCCUCGAAAAGCCGGUCUUCUACAAGGAUCUCGACGAAGAUACAGCGAAUCAGCUGCCAAUUGACAUAAAACUACUGCAUCAGCGAAUUGACGAAAUCACCGUGCUACGGUCUGCGUUUUUGCCGUGCAGCAUUCGAGCUGAGAUUUGUUCCGCAUUAGGGCGCCAGUUACCAGAUUCGUGGUUUACCGAUUCCCAGCCGAGCGAUAACCACGAUAGGGACCUUAGAGUACUCCAAAGACUACAGCAUAUUGUUGGCCAAAGCCGUCGCUGCCGAGAGCUUGGACGGGGAGAAUCUGGCCUUAAUUGGAAGGUUCAUGAGCCUCUUCUGGAGCUGGCACUGGAACAGUAUGGUGGAGAGGUUGAGAGUGAGCCAGCAACCGAUGCUAGAAUUCUGCCGGCGUUUGUCCCAGUCACGAAUGGCGCGAGAAUAUCAUUGGAAAGCAAGAUCGAUAUCGCUAUAGUACUCGACCCUACUAUAAACGACGACGACAAGCCUUUAGCAGAUUUAAUUCGCCAAACAGUCGUAUCGCAGCUAGACGACAGAAAAUCUUUAAGCCAUACGAACUAUCAGCCCUUCCACCUCCGACCUCCCGCCACUUUUAUUGAGACAAAAGCCACAGGUUCGGCUGCAGAAGGAAGAACUCAGCUAGGCAUAUUCGUUGCAGCCCAGAAUCUAAGGUUCGCCUCGUUCCUUAUGGCAAAGUACUCCCACCGCAAAGGCCAGCUUCCUCUUUCUAUAACGCUGCCGCAUAUCUUAACAGUGGAACACGACUGGAAGCUUUUCUACGGCUGUGAUCGUGGUCUCCGUAUAGAAAUGGUUGGAGAUGUGUCCAUCGGUGACACCAAAAGUGUGUUAGGGGCUCUAACGCUCCUUGCAGUCAUUCGUGAGAUUGCGAAGUAUAUAUCCAACGAAUUCAAAGCUUGGAUGCAAGAGAUACUUAAUGUUGACGUUUCCAUAUAAACUUACGAUACCCAGAAUACUCUACACAUAAUGCACACGAUAGAGAAACCUAAUCAUACGCCCCUUUAUUAAAUUGAGAGUUUUAAUAAUGCUACGCGUGAAGCUACCCCGUGUCAGCCUUGUCACUCGAUCCCGAGUCGGACCGGCCCCAGCGCGGAACCUAGCGCACUCGUCGACAACAGUCCCUGCCAAAAUAGUAACGGGGCAUAUUACGGCUCCAAACUGCACAGCGGCUAAAUGUAAGUAUGAGUUAUUGGCUAAAAUAUAGGAACGACGUAUAUUACAGGCUAGUUGAGGCGGCUGCUCUAUACAGUCUUCAAAUUUAUUAUAUUCUGGUUGUAGGCGUCCUUCUCGGCCGCGCCUUAGUUCUGAUAGUUGUCUUCUUGACCCUGCUAUGCGCGGCAGCGCUACGCCUUGGGGCUUUUAGCGUGGCUACAGCUUGACUGUCUAUGAUAUCUUUGCUAUUUCGUCUCCUUGUGACGCGGUAGUCUACCCUUGCUUUCUUCGCAAGUCGGGCGGGCGCUACAGUGGCCGCGGCGUGUCUCUUGCGGUGCUUUGGUAGUGACACGCUUACUUCAGUGUAUGCGAUAUGGUACUGAAACCAUGGCCGUGACAUGAUGAUGCCUUCCCAAGUGCCAUAUUUGCGUUCUGGAAUUUCAGCUGGUGCCAGCCCUACGCGCUUCUGAACGGCUGUCUUAAGGAGUUUUUUAAUUGAGCCUGUUGAUAAUCUUUCGUAACCGCGAUCCGCCCACCGAGACGUAACAACAGCGGUCGCCUCAUCCUUAUCGGAACCCUGCUCGAGGAGGCGCUCCGUCUCAGCUUUCACCCUUAUCGUAAAAAGAUGGUCGCUUCCAAAUGUAGUGAAUUGUAAACAACGGUCUAGCACCUUCUCUCGUCCAUUUUCUUCCAGUGCGUCGAGUCGGUACGGCUAUUCUACGGCGUAUACUGGCAGCAGUAGUGUUCUUAUCUGCGCAGUUAGUGGCUGUUUUACCUUCGGCUUCCCAAGGUACUAUACCUCUCGCACCGGGGACGCCGGAUACAGCGCUCAGUAUAUCGCGCCAUGCUGCAUCAGCAAAGCGCUCUUUGUAAGUACUGUCGUCUACUGUCGUCGUCUGUCUGCCCGUAGCGUAUACCCAGCGUUGAUGUGCCCUCUGGGCGUUGGAAGUAGGCCAUAUGCUGGCGCGUAGCUCUUGGCACUCUCUCCUCCAUCAUAAUGAUUCAGCAUCUUCUUCAGUGUCGUCUUCAUCAUAUCAUUCGCUGUUGUCUCCAUGCUUCUGCAUUUCGGCCAUCAGCGUAGGCUUGAUAUCUUCGCGCUUUUGCGGCUUGUUGUGCUGCUGUGUGUAGACUGCUGUCAGGCAUGGGUUCAACCAGUCCACUACGUGGCUCAGCACUGAGACGUUAGUGUUUCGUCAUCUUCAUAAGCCCGCCAACCGCUGGAAGCCGGGGCUGCUGCACUGUGGCUAGGUGUUGCAAUACCUCCACAUGGCAUUGGUGCCUAGGUUGCAGAGGAAACUCGUUUGCCGCCUGUCUUGGACUCGCUGGUGCCUACCGCCGUAUGCUGGGUAGAAUAUCUCUCUAGCUAUCUCGCUUGCCGAAAUACCUAUGCCCCUGAACCGCUCAGACCUCCUGCACCAGGACUUCCAAGUGCUAAGUAAUAGCUUCGUCGCCAGUGCGUAGUAAUUUGAGCAGACUCGGCCAACAAUAUAUAUGAAGCUAGCGCUUCAUCUUCACUUUGAGAUUAAAACGAUGGUCGGUUCCUAAAGACGUGGGAGGCUCUGGUUAUUCGUCUUUAUUUUUGGUGGAGCUGUCUCGGGGACUGGCCAUCUCUCUGGAACUACUAUAUAGUGAAUAAUCUAGCUGUAGUAUACAGUAGUGCCGCAGAAUUGACAUGUGGACUGAACGUAUUGCUGACCAUCCCGCUAAUGCUGAGCGGGGAAUUUUAUCAGCCAUAACGACCUUCUGAAAUUGGACGUAUCAUCCUCCGCAAUAGUUGACUGUUGGUGAAACUGCAGAGUGUUAUUCUACAACAGCCCAAUCCGCACUGCUCUGUCUUUCAUUGGCUUGAUAGUGACUUGGCAUAGCAGAGGACCCAAUCACAAACAUGUAGAUACGGUGCAACAGACAUCUUCCCUCGGUAUGAUAGCGUCCCUCAUAUUUACCAGAAUUGUGAGAGUUGAUAAUGCUGUAGAAAACGGCCCAUGGGAGCGUGUUCCGAUGUCGACGGAGCGGAAAGAGUUGACGAAUAAGGCCCGGACUAGCCAGGACUCCCCUAGUUUCGCUAGGUGGGAGAACACGAAUAAACCACAAUGCUAGCGCAGUUAUUUAUUAUCCCAGCCUCUAAAGAGACGUUCAUUCAGAUAUUUCGGGUGUCAACUUCCCACGCCGCGAUAAACGUCGUGUCUUACGCGGUAAACUGGCAGGGUAAUUUUCAUCACCAUCUCCGCACUUCUCACGUUGUCGCUUUCGCGUAAUCUGCAUAGGAGGAGUGUGGGGUUCGUUUGAUGUACUAGGUGUUGAUACCUUCGAUUCAAUUUGUGUACUCUGGGAUUCCGGGCGGCGAUGGAGGGUUGUUGUCGAAGGCGACGCCUGGGGGUCCGUUAAAAGGUCUGGGGGGGUUGAGGGAGGGCUCGAGGGAACAUGCUUCGGCUGCCAUAAGCACUCGCCCGCAGUUUGUGCAGCCUCUAAUGGUUCUAAGUAUGAGGCUAGCUUUAUGGGGUCGGGUAUGAACGGUCUGGUGGAAGAUGCAUGGCCGAUCUCGCUAUACAAGCCAGAACAUUGCCAGUUGGAUGGUGUUGAUGUUGUUUCAGUCGGUACUAUAUUGUCGUAUUCUACAGGCGGAGAAUACUCGGAUGUUGAUUCAAAUGUCAUGAUCGAUAGUGUCGCUAAAAUCGGUGGGCAUAGCUGGAAGUUGUUGUGG